AUGACUUCGUCUGUUGACAGCAUGAGAAAUGUCGUAGAGACGGAUUCUUGUCCACGUAUUCACCGUCCAGUCUUAGCUUCCCCUGCUAAGUUUGUCCUGCGUCAUCCAGACGUUCUGUCAAAUAAAAAGGACUCAGAAGCAUUUACGACGAGACAAACGACUAUCAAGAAUAUCCCACCACCACCUACCACUACUACUCAACCCCAUUUUUGGCAGUAUCCGGAGUACCAUACAUUUGCCUCUCGGAUUGCAUCGUUUCAGGAAUGGCCAAAAUACUUGAAGGGACCCAGCAGAAAAGACUUGGCUCGAGCUGGAUUUAUCUAUACCCGGACUGGAGAUUGCGUAACCUGUUUUUGUUGCGGAAUGUCAUUGAAAAAUUGGGAACCCGUAGACGAUGCCUACCAAGAACAUAUUCGCUGGUCCAGAUAUUGUCAGUAUGCUCAAAUGGUGACUGACGGAAAAUUGUGA